AACCAAGAUGGCGGCAAAGAGGGCGGAAGUGUCCGCACGUCCGGCCUUCGAGGCCUCUCUUUCUCCCCUGGCGGUCCCGCUCUCGAUGGUGGCGUGACGGGGGGCGGGGGUGGUGGCGCGUUCUCCUCGGUUGGGAGAGAACCGGCCCGCGAACCCAGGCCGGGAGUGGGGUUCGGCCUGGGGGGAAGGGGACUGACAUGUCUCUCGAAGACCCCUUUUUUGUAGUCCGAGGCGAGGUGCAGAAGGCGGUGAACACGGCCCGCGGGCUGUACCAGCGCUGGUGCGAGCUCCUGCAGGAAAGCGCGGCGGUCGGACGCGAGGAGCUGGACUGGACGACCAAUGAGCUACGGAAUGGCCUGCGCAGCAUCGAGUGGGACCUCGAGGACCUGGAAGAGACCAUCGGUAUAGUGGAAGCCAACCCAGGCAAGUUCAAGCUCCCGGCCGGGGACCUGCAGGAGAGAAAGGUGUUCGUGGAGCGGAUGCGAGAGGCAGUCCAGGAAAUGAAGGACCAUAUGGUCAGCCCAACAGCUGUAGCAUUUUUGGAGAGGAAUAACAGAGAGAUACUGGCAGGCAAGCCAGCUCCCCAGAAGUCACUCAGCGACCUGCUGGAUGCCAGUGCAGUCUCGGCCGCGUCUCGCUACAUCGAAGAGCAGCAGGCCACACAGCAGCUGAUCAUGGAGGAACAGGAUCAACAGCUGGAGAUGGUGUCUGGGAGCAUCCAGGUUCUGAAGCACAUGUCUGGCCGCGUUGGGGAAGAGCUGGAUGAGCAGGGCAUCAUGCUGGAUGCCUUUGCCCAAGAAAUGGACCACACCCAGUCCCGCAUGGACGGGGUCCUCAGGAAGUUGGCCAAAGUAUCCCACAUGACGAGUGACCGCCGACAGUGGUGUGCCAUCGCCGUGCUGGUGGGGGUGCUUCUCCUCGUUCUUAUCUUACUUUUCUCUCUCUGACCCCAGCCCUCCCUUGCAGGCUGGUCCGUUAAGCCUGGGGAGCCACCAAGCACUUUGGAGCUGGCAUAGCCCCCUAGGAGGAGAGGGUCCCUCCUGGGUAGCUGGAAAGUAGAGCUUCCUGCCUGGGGAAAUGUCCCCACGGCUCCCCCCAAGAGCCAGUGGUACCCUUCAGGACCCUGGGCCGAAACCACCACCACUGGUCCUGUCUCAAGUGCACUUAGGGGGUGGUGGAGGCAGGGUCACCUCAGACACACCCCUCUCCAUUUCCAGUUCCGGGACCCCAAAGCCAUUCGCCCCUGUGCCUUAUACAUGUGCCAACCUGGAAAUAAAACGUCAGCCUUUUUUAUACGUA